AGCAAACAUGGCCGCCGAGAGAUUGAAAUUUCAUGAAAUGGGCUUAGACGAUCGUCUUUUAAAGGCGGUUGCAGAUCUAGGCUGGUCUCAGCCGACCCUGAUCCAGGAGAAGGCCAUCCCACUGGCUCUGGAGGGGAAGGACCUUUUGGCUCGAGCUCGAACUGGAUCUGGAAAGACCGCAGCUUAUGCUUUACCCAUCAUUCAACACAUCCUGACCUCCAAACAGUGUGUUCGUGAGCAGAAUGUGAGAGCUCUCAUUUUGGUACCAACAAAGGAGUUGGGUCAGCAGGUUCAGAUUAUGAUGAAACACUUGGCAUCCUACUGCUCAAGGGACGUCCGAGUGGCCGACAUCUCUAACAAAGCUGACGUGUCGACACAGAGGCCUAUCUUAAUGGAGAAGCCCGAUGUUGUGGUGGGGACGCCGUCUCGUGUGCUCGCCCACCUCAAGGUCCAAAACUUGGUCCUGGACUCGUCCCUUGAGAUGCUCGUCGUAGACGAGGCUGACCUGGUCUUCUCUUUUGGUUUUGAGGCUGACCUGAAGAACUUGUUGUGCUAUUUGCCAAAGAUCUAUCAGUCGUUUCUCAUGUCGGCGACCUUCAGUGAAGAUGUCAAGGCCUUAAAGGAGCUGCUGCUGCACAACCCUGUGAUCCUGAAGCUUCAGGGCUCUCAGCUCCCGGACAGCAGCCAGCUGCAGCAGUACUCCAUCAAAUGUGAGGAGGAGGACAAGUUUCUGCUCAUCUACACUCUGCUGAAGCUGCAGCUGGUUCAAGGAAAAACGCUGCUGUUUGUGGGAGCUGUUGACGGGAGCUACAGACUCAAACUGUUCCUGGAGCAGUUCGGCAUCCCUGCUUGCGUCCUCAACUCCGAGCUUCCAGUUCAGUCCCGGAGUCACAUCAUCACCCAGUUUAACCAGGGAUUUUAUGACGUCAUCAUUGCCACAGAUGAGCAGAGUUUGUCUGACCCUGGUGCUUCAUCACAAACAAGUUCAGGCAAAGGAAAGAAGAAAAAGACAUCAGAGAAACAAGGAAAGGCUAAAGAUAAGGAGUACGGAGUCUCCAGAGGGGUGGAUUUCCAAAAUGUUUCCAAUGUCAUCAACUUUGAUUUCCCUGCAAGUGUGGACUCGUACAUCCAUCGAGUUGGGAGGACAGCGAGAGCAGACAACCCGGGCACUGCCUUGUCUUUUGUCUCUCAAACUGAGCUUGAUCUGUUGGAGGAGGUGGAGGAGGCCCUCAGCGGAGACAAAGCUGAUUCUGUUCUCAUGCCGUACGAGUUCAAGAUGGAGGAGAUUGAAAGCUUCAGGUACAGGUGCAGGGAUGCGAUGCGUGCUGUGACAAAGCAGGCCGUGAAGGAGGCCAGACUGAAAGAGAUCAAACAAGAACUGCUGAACUCGCAGAAACUCAAGACAUAUUUUGAAGACAACCCCAGAGAUUUCCAGCUGCUCAGGCACGACAAAGACCUUCAUCCUGCUGUCGUCAAGCCUCACAUGAAGAAUGUGCCUGAUUAUCUCAUUCCUGAGACCCUGAGGGGCGCAGUGAAUCCUUUGUCAAGAAAAAGGAAGAUGAGGAGCGAAUCCAAAGUAGAGGGACCCAUCACAAGCAGAUUUAAGAAGAGCUCCUCGAGAAGAAAUCCACUGAAAAGUUUCCGGUAUACUGGACGGAAAAAAAAAGGAGCCAAAGCUUCAUCAUAGCUGCUGGACAGGAUGUUCAUGUGGAUCAGACCUGAGUGUUGCACAUUACAGGCUGUCUGCAGGAAAAUGACUGGGCUUCAGACCCAUGUCCACAUGAGACACAAAGAAAAGAAGACGUAUCU